AUGCAACCAUUCGAUGAUGCUUCGAUUCUCAAUGGCCUGAGCUAUCGGGACGCCACUUCCCUCAGACGAGUCAUGAGAGCAGUCAUGAGUCGCUUCGGCGGGCAGUCAUCUGAGAUAGCAGCUCGAGAUCACCAGCUCAAUGGUGUUGAACGAGAAGUUGUUGAUCAGAUCAUGGAUGAGACCGUUGACAACGAACUCUUCUAUAGAGCAGCAAUUCGCUUCGGUUCUGCGAAUGCUGCCAACUCGGCGACCAUUCUGAGAUCCGGCCAGGAAUUGAGCUCAAUCUUCUCACCGAGUGUCCUUGGCCCGCGACACCUGAGAGUAGAGGACGACGUUGAGAUUGCGAGAGUUGCCUAUCAAGAUCUAUUGGACAACGGAACUCCAUUUGUAUAUGGACUAGAGGAAGAUUUCGCAGAGGGAUCUGAUGGCGACGAAGAAUAUGAGUCUGGCGCAGAGAGCGACCCAGUGCGAGCCAAGAAGAAUGGAAAGCGCCCGGCUGGUCCUCAUCCUAACAAGCCUGGUAAGAAAAAGCACAAGCCAAUCAGAGGCAAGGAUGAGCGUGCCAUCGAUGAUGAUACCAUCGACCGCAAAGUUAGGGCCAAACUCAACGAGCCUGAUCCGAGUCUACUCGUGAUUACCUUACCAGCGGAGAAGAAGGAUCCCAAGAACAAGGAUAAUUGGCUUCCAAAGAGUCCAAUCAUUUACGACUACAAUAAGAUUGAUCCGUCCUUCGAUUGGACCUCGAAGAAAAUGGUAUCGCGUCUCAAUGCUUGGAGAAACCAGCAUUUCAACCGAAACUUCGGCCCCGAAAGAGAAAGCCGUUACCAGUAUACUGCCGCAGAACGAGACUUGAUCUUCAAGCUUGUACGGGAGUUUCUGGCGACUGUUGAAUGGCGCUAUAGCAAGAUCGAUUGGCAAGCUAUUGCAGAUGAAUUCAACAAACAGAUGGCCGGCCGUUGGUUCGGGAAGAGUGAUGAUACUGCAGACUCGCAUUACACCUAUGAUAGCAAGAGAAAGAUCACCGUCAGUCGCAAGGUGGAGGUUCCGCAUGAGUUCGAGCCACGUAAGCCCACCGGUCUACAGAACCAGCUCGAGCACUUUGAGCAUGCUAUGGCCGAGCAUAUUCUCAAGAAGGCGAGAGAUGCCGAUCUGCAAUACGUCCUUUCGUUAUUGCCAAAGAUCGACGUUGAUGGCGCAAGCAAGCAACCAUCUGCCAAUGAGGGUUCUGACGACGAGGAAAAUGGAGAGAAGGGGAAGGGCAAAGCUAAGGACACUUCAGCUGAAGAGCCAUCGCCUUCGAUCCCAGCAGUCGAACCUGUUGUUCAGCAACAACCCGAUGCCGACCUUGGACUAAUGGCCGCAAUUGAAGACAGCAUUGCGGAUGCGCGAGAGGACGAGCGAAAGCGAAAGACUGGUGGCGAAUCUUCAAAGCGAGGAGGUGGCCCCUCGAACAAGAAGUGA